UUUCUCACAUUUUGUCACACACACACAGCAGCAGAGAGGAGAGAGCAAGCAAGGUGGUGAGGAACGCCAUGGUGAGAGAAGCAGGAGUCAUCCGAUUAUUAUGGAGAACGGCGUUGUCCCAGAGUGUUGCUGCUCAGCGGAGAAGCAGCAGCAGGACUCCAGCAGCAACGACGGCAAUACGAAGCGGCCUUGCUACCGCCCCUCCAGCAGAAGGGGGCACGGCAGGGGGCGAGGGCGGGGAGGAGGAUGAAGAAGCUCUGGGCGAGGCGGCGGCGAAGAGGGCCGCGCUGCUGAAGCGCUACGGGGACCGAACCCCUCCUUCGGGCCCAAUCGCGGUCAAGGUAGACCCCGCCAAGGCCGAGACCGGGAACUCCUCUCGGGGUUUCGACGUCGAGAAGGCGGCCGCGGGCGAGGUCAACCACAACGAAAUCUGGGGAGACUACGUGCGGUACAUGGAGCACCAGCGAAAAAAGGGAUGGAAGACAUGAAGCAGGGAUUUUGUCUACAAGUAUCUACUAGCAAAAGGCAGUACUUAUUCAGACGGCGAAAAACAGUUGGAAAUCCCGCCGAAGGCGUGUGUAGUGCAACCCCGAACGCUUUCGCACAGACGGAUGUUCUGGCGUUGGAAUCUCCCGGCGAAGCAGGAAAAGUGCGGCACGAACUCCCGACGGGCUGGGCUGUUCGUGCAUGAUCGGCAGGGGGAAGUAAUGUAGUGGGCAGCACGCGGGUGUUUGCUGGGUGAGAGACGAGAUUGUAGUGAGGGGGGGGUUGUCGCGCCUCGCGGUUGGGC